AUGGAGGAUGAAUCUGAAUCAGAAACAGAGGAAGAAAAUGAUAGAUUUAGUGGUGCCAAUGAGUAUGGUGGUGAAGAGGAAAUGCUGGAGAUUUGUUUUCGAAUGCUGAUGACAAUGGUGAAACUUCACAGCAACAGCAGAGAGAUGAAACCACAAAUGAGUAGAUGCAAUGUUCAGAACAGGAGAAUGUUUAUGGAAGAUGAUGAAUUCAAAGGGAGAUACAAGGACUUUAUCCUAGAGAAAUUCCUCAAGGAUCCCAAAUUCGAGAUUGGGAUGAAAUUUGAGUCAAGAGUACAAUUCAAUUUUGCUGUGUCUGAGUAUGGGAUUAGGAUGGGUAAACCUGUUUGGACCAGUAAAAAUGAACCCACCAAGCCUAUUAAUGGAGGCAUUCAGUGGCCACAGUCAGAUAUGCUGGAGUUGGACCCACCAGCAAGUGUCACUCAACCUAGCAGUCUAAAGAAAGUUAGAAAGAGAGAUUUACAAAAAGAAAAGAUCAUGGCAAAAGGUUGCGAAGGAGGGGAAGAGGUGGAGGAAGAGGAAGAGGCAGGGGAAGGGAAAGAGGAAAGGGAAGAUCUGCUGGAUCUUUCACAAGUGGAGGAAGAGAAAGAGGAAGAGGCAAGGGAAGGGGAAGAGGAAAGGGAAGAUCUGCUGGAUCUGGAACAAGUUCUUGAAGUAUUGUUGGACAUUUUGAUAUUUUUCUGA